UUAUCACUUUCCGCUUUAUGGAAAGCCCUUGUAUUCCUGGUCUCGUCGUGAAAGUUGUGUUCGGCAAAUUGCGUACCCGUUUCUAAUCAUUUUCUUAUAUAUUGUAUGUAAAAAUGGCUGCAAGUUUAAGGGCAUUUUGUCGUGUUAAUUCAAGCUUGCUGAAAGAUGCUAUUACUAAGAAAAUAUUCAAUGACGGUAGUCGUUCUUUAUUCACUCAAGCCAGCUUAGGUCUUGAUGGAUACAUCAAUACUAGAGAGAAUGUUAAAAGGCAAUUUUUCAAUGUCGAGGAUAACUUCCGCAAGAAGAUGAAAGAGUUUGUUGAUGUAGAAACUAAUAUGAUAUUUACUGAGGAUUUAAAAGCCAUGCUGCACCUGGCAGGAAAAAAUACUGAGGAUAUUGACUUAAUUACGCGGAUGAUGAUAAAGUUCAAUACUCAAAAUAAAGAGCUGAGAUUUGGAACUUAUCAUUUUGGACCUGUUGUCAUGCGAACAUUGCACUAUCUUGAUGAACCAGAUACAGCAUUUAAUCUAUUCUUUAAUCCAUCACUGGAUGGUUUCUUUGAUCAAAUUGUAACAUACCAAAUUUUAAUGGAUCUUCUUUACAAUCAUAAAAAAUAUGAUGACGUUAAGAAAGUAUAUGAUAUUAUUAUAACUAAAGGUAUAAAUGGUUUGAAACAUCCAAAAUAUCCAGUUGUUCUGGUUUUAGCAGCCUGCUAUAAACAGAAUACACAUGAAAGUUAUGAAUAUGCUAUAAAACUGUGGAAAGAAUUAACUGAUAGGGGUACUGUGGCAUUACGAAAAGCAGUUGCCCUUUUAGGAGCUUUAGCUCUCAAGCAAAAUGCACCACAUGCUGCACUUGAAAUUACCUCUACAAUCCGAAGGCCUGGGUACAUCACUAUAAGAUGUAUUAAAAUCGCUGCUCUUGCCAACCUCGAUAGAGUCAACGACAUUAUUCCAUAUUUCAGAGCAUCACUUUCAAACGAUAAUCCUAAUGUGCGAAAGGAGAGUUAUUUCAUUGACACGAUUGAACAAGUGGAGGCUGCUGUUCAAAGAGCAAAUUUUGAUGAAUCAUCAGAAAUAGUUAAAUUGUUGAGACAAUUGAAGGAUAAUGGGCAUGUACAGCAAUCUCCAAUGGAUGAACAUCUCUCACAAGAGAUAGAUUCGAAGCAACGUGAAACAAUGAAUCGAUAUCAUUCUGCUUUCAAUGAUCGAGGACAACACCAAUUUCAGUUUAACAGACGUCCUACACAGCAGCAUAGGUCAGGUUUAACAGGUCUUGUUUAAUUCCAUACCGUAAAAUUGAAUAGUAGAUAUGAAAUGUAUUGCAUUAAAGGAUAAUACUAAUCAAAUACAAAUAUGAGUACGAAUCCAAAUAAAAGUUUAAAAAAUAUAA